AUGAAUGCUGCGGGGGUGGCGGCGGCAGAUGGGUACCCACUGCAAGUACCCUAUUACCAACUCCAGCAGCAACAGCAACAAUUGGAACAACAAUCGAUGGGGAGUGUAAAGGUGGCGGCGACAUUUGGUUACCCACUGCAGGUACCCUACUACCAGCUCCUUCAACAGAAGCAACAGGAACAACGGUCGGCAGAGAAUGCUGCUGCUGCGGUGGCAGCUAGGUACCCACUACAGGUACCCUACUACCAGCUCCUUCAGCAGCAGCAACAUGAACAACGGUUGGCAGAGAAUGAUGCUGCUGCUACUGCUACUGCUACUGUGGCAGCUAGGUACCCACUGCAGCAACAACAGGAACAACAACUGGGGGAGAAUGCAGUGGCGGCGGUGACAACUAGGUACCCAGUACAGCUCAAGGAAAUUAAGGAGACCAACAAUUUUAAGAACAACAAACUUUCGCUUGCUCGUGUCAAGUGGUUGAUGAAAGAUAACGAGGAUGUUUGCAAGGUCACUGGGGAAGCACCAAUGUUGAUGGCGAAAGCAUGUGAAAUGUUCAUACAGGAACUUACUCUCCGCUCGUGGUUUAACACGGAGGAGAAUAAAUGA